AUGUCUACUUCGGCGAACUCUACCGUCCUCCUCUCCGAAGAACUCUACGACAAUUUCCGUAAGGCAAUUCACACUCCGUUACUCUUGUGGAUUUUCGGUGUCUGCUCCGUUCUUUUCGCGGCGGGAAUGGUGUACCUGGAGCUGAGAUACCCGGUGUGGUCGCAUAUCUAUUUCGCUCGGGACAAGGAGGACGCAGGAGAGCGGAAUGGUGACGCUAUUGGGGGCACCGGGGGAGGGAAAGAGGGAGGCGGCUUGGUGUGA